AUGGCGAUGGUGCUGGAUGCAUUUGCGUCCUACCUAGUGGACAUGCUUGCGCAGGCAGCAACAAAUGAGGUGAAGACGAUGUUGGGCGUCUCCGGCGAGAUCGACAAGAUGGGAGACAAGCUUUGGGACCUCAAGAACUUCAUGGACGAUGCUGAUAGGAGGAACAUCACCGAUGAGACUGUUCGAGAGUGGGUGGCGCAGCUCAAGCGUGCCAUGUACGAAGCUGCUGACAUCCUUGACCUCUGCCACCUCAAGGCCAUGGAGCGUGGACCAUCCUCGGUAAAUGUAGGGUGUUUCAAUCCCUUGCUCUUCUGCAUGAGGAACCCCUUCCAUGCUCGUGAGAUCGGCACCCGCAUCAAGGCACUCAACCAGAGGCUUGACGACAUCAAGGAACGGAGCACUGCUUUCAACUUUAUGAAUCUUGGGUCGUAUGAGGAUCAUCGCAGCAACACCCAUGCCUCUCACCAUGGUAAUCCAAGUCGGGAGACGGUAGGGGACUUUGACCGGUCUGCUAUUGUUGGAGACAAGAUUGAAGAAGACACAAGAGCAUUGGUGGCCCAGAUCAUGCAGACGGGAAAGGAUGUCAACAAUGGCAUCAAGGUGGUCGCUAUCGUAGGUGUUGGUGGGAUCGGCAAGACCACCCUUGCCCAAAAGGUCUUCAAUGACGAGGCAAUCCAAGGCGAAUUCAGCAAAAGGAUAUGGUUGAGCGUCAACCAAAACUUCAGUGAUGUUGAUCUGCUAAGAAGGGCCAUCAUCGAAGCCGGAGGAGGUGCCCAACCACCUGAAAGUUCAAAGACCAGCCUUCACGGAACCCUCAAGAACACAUUGAUCGACCACAAGACCUUUGUGGUAAUGGAUGAUGUGUGGAACCAUAGAGCAUGGGAUGACGUGCUGAAAAUACCCUUAGUCAAUGCUGCUUCUUCAGGCAGCCGAGUCCUCGUCACUACCAGAGAUGAAGGUGUUGCCCGAGGGGUGAAAGCUAUCUGGCCGUACCACCAUGUCGACACAUUAGUGCCUGAAGAUGCCUUGUCAUUGCUCAAGAAACAGGCAAGAGGUUGCAGUAAUUUUGUAAGGCUAAGAUUACUUUGCAAAUGCCAACAAAGCAUGGUGCUAAACAAGGAAAUAUGCCACAACACUAAUUGA